CCCUCCCAGCCUCUUUCUCUACCUACGUCCGUCUCCGUCCGUCUCGCGCACGCCUCGCAUCCCCACCUUUCCCCUCCCUGCCUCCUCCGACCCCAAUCAGACCAAUCCGCUUCCGACCCCAACCCAUGCCCUCUUCCAUCGCCACCCACCUCCUCAAAGCCGCCGCCGCAAAGCCCCUCUUCUCCCCCCGCGCGGCCCAGAUCCCCGCGCUCCCCCGCCCGCCCGUCGCCCGCCGCCCGCCCGCGCCCGCCAGCGCCGCCUGCCGCUGGUUCCGGUGGCCGUCGCCCGCGAGGGGGCUCUGCUCCUCGCCGCAUUCCGGCCCUGCCGAGGGGAUGGGAUCUGACGGGACGGGGGCCAGGAGGCGCCUGCCGCCGGCCAACGGUGUGUCCAAGGAAGGGGCGCCGCUGCCGCUGCCGCAGCCCGUCCCGCCCAGGCUGCUCACGCUGCCCACCGUGCUCACCAUUGGCCGCGUCGCCGCCGUCCCGUUCCUCAUAAGCACUUUCUACAUGGAAGGUCCUUGGGCAGCAACUGCCACAACUGGCAUCUUCCUUGCUGCAGCAAUCACUGAUUGGCUAGAUGGUUAUAUUGCGAGAAAGAUGCAUUUGGGAACACCUUUUGGUGCAUUUCUUGAUCCUGUGGCCGACAAGCUUAUGGUAGCUGCGACACUAGUGUUGCUGUGCACCAAACCUUUGGAAACUUCACUGCUCACGAAUGGACCAUGGCUUCUGACAGUUCCUUCCAUUGCCAUCAUUGGGAGAGAGAUCACAAUGUCAGCUGUUAGAGAGUGGGCUGCGUCUCAGAAUACCCAAGUUCUUGAGGCUGUGGCAGUAAACAAUUUAGGGAAGUGGAAGACAGCGACACAGAUGACAGCAUUGACUCUGCUCCUUGCCAGCAGAGACCCGAGUCUACAUGUACAAGGUGCUCUAGUCCCCCCUGGUGUUGCGUUGCUCUAUGCAUCUGCUGGACUUGCCAUAUGGUCCCUAGUGGUGUACAUCAGAAAUAUAUGGCGGAUACUUCUAAAAUAGUGUUAGCACAUAGUGUAAUAGAAGAAACAGGAGCAAAGGCGACAAUAUUCCAUUCAAGAUGCUGCAAUUUUUUGGAAGAUUGUUGAGUUGAUUGAUGGGGCCUAGAUCUUGUUGAGAUCCUCGUGUGACCCGUGCCAUUGGUGCUUGGCGGAUUAGCCGCCAAAGCUUGUUGAGCAUGCGAGGAUCUCUUUAGAAGCAAAAUAUAUAGCUCGUAGCCUGUGAUGCCAGGGUGAUCUACUUUCACGGAAGGUAGCCACAGCUUCGAGUGUUGGACACCGUGUGUAAUGAGCUGCAAGACUGGAGACGAUGCAGACGAUUGUAACCGUAUACAAGCGCAGACCAGGCGGUUGGCCUGUGCGUGUGGAGUUCCUGCCACUGUAAUUUUACCCAUAUCAUAUUGCCAGGGAGCACAAAAUUAUUCUUUCAA